CGAACGUGUUCCGGGCGCGCCACUUGGCCAAGUAGCCGACAGAAGCCAACAGAUCCAACCACAUCCAGCCGGAGCGGCAACAGUUUCUUCCCUCGAAAUAUGCCAAGGCCUGAUUGAGGGCCAAAAUCGCGGGUCGCGCGUUUUUGUGUGUAAAUAAACAUAAGAAAUCAGACGUAAAAUCAAAUCGAAAAUCGAGAACCAAGCUGAACAAACAGCAUCCAUCACAGAGAAGAGAUAUUCGCACAAUUUAUUUUCGGUUUCAGUGGAAGAGCACAAGUUAUUCAAUUAAUGAUUCCAAAUGCCGGCGUGCGGAAUGUCUGACUGAUGAGUCGGCCAGCGGCGGACCCGUAGCGCAUACGCCAUGUGAGCCGGAUCGAUGGGAUCGUGUUCCGGCCAAGAUACAAUGCCAUCCUCCUGUAAAUAGCCUGCACCAUUUUCUACUCGCGUCUCUGUCAUAGCUAACAUGUGUCCGUGUAGCCGCAGAACCACUGUACAUACUCUAGACUCUAAUUGAUCAAGCCGCAACACAAAAAACCAAAUGAAACCAAACAGAGUAUAAGUAAAUACAAAUAAAUAGAGGAAGAAGCGCGCGUUUCGCCACAGAACGCGCCGCUCACACACAAGUUUCGGUGCAAAACGGGUAUAAAUAAUCGAAAUAAUAUUCGCAAGCUAUGCUAUAUAUGCUGUAGGAAUUAGUUAAAUUAUUAGGAUUAGAUCUGUUUGCAAUUGGAAUUUCGCGCGCAAUAAGAUUUAAUUGUAAACACGGGCAGCAUGGGACCAAUCAGACUCUAGAGCUAGUUAGACGAAAGCCCAUUCAGAACACAAUGGAUUAUAGCCGACUGAAUGCCAACAUAAACACGGGCAACAUCAGCACCGAUGAGUUUCUGGCCGUCUUCACGACCGGAAAACCCGAGAAUGCCACCCUCAAUCCGCCCCUGCUCAGCGUCGACGGGCAGCUGACCCUGCCCCCGGGAUCCGGAUCCGGAUCGGGACCGGGUUCCGGGCUGGGAUCGGGAUACAUCAAUGUGAACGACACGAUAUACUUCCUCAACGGCAGCUUCUACAACAGCAGUCUUCAGCUGGCGGCGGGCUACUACAACCAGAGCGGCGGUUCGGGGGCGACUUCGGGCAACCUGACCAACCCGAACCAGACAGAAGUCCACUGGGAUGGGCGCUAUCCCAGCGGCUACACGCUCACCCACAUCGUGAUCGCCUCCAUCAUUGUGACCAUCCUGAUGAUCAUCAUCGUGGUGGGCAACAUGCUGGUGAUCAUAGCCAUCGCCACGGAGAAGUCGCUGAAGAACAUACAGAACUGGUUCAUCGCCUCGCUGGCGGUGGCCGACUUCUUCCUGGGCCUCAUCAUAAUGCCCUUCUCGCUGGCCAACGAGCUGAUGGGCUACUGGAUCUUCGGCAGCUGGUGGUGCGACAUCCACUCGGCGAUGGACGUGCUCCUCUGCACCGCCUCGAUCAUGAACCUGUGCCUCAUCUCGCUGGACCGCUACUGGAGCAUCACCAAGGCCGUCGACUAUCUGAAGUCGCGGACGCCGGCGCGGGCCGCUGUCAUGAUCACGGCGGUCUGGAUAAUGUCCGCCCUCAUCUGCAUCCCGCCGCUGCUGGGCUGGAAGGUCAAGAUGCCGGAGGGACCGCUGCCCAAGUGCGAGCUGAGCGAGGACAUCGGCUACGUGCUGUACUCGGCACUGGGCUCCUUCUACAUACCCAGCUGCAUAAUGGUCUUUGUGUACAUACGAAUUUACUUUGCCGCCAAGGCGCGGGCGAGGAGGGGCAUUAAAAAGCAUCCCCGCAAAACGAACAACGAACAGGUAACGAGCUUCACCACCGCCAAGAAAGGAACGAUACCGAUGCCCUCCUCCAGCGGGGCGUCCGCCCUGCAGCUGCACCAGCAGCGCCAGAUAGCCACCAUCGAGACACCACCGAACAGCGCCAGCCUGCCGAUGCAGAUACCCACGGUGACCAUGGACCUGGCCUCCGACAUCUCCACCUCGGAGGCCGGCGAGCUGGAGGCGGUGGCCGCCCAAACGGUGCUGGCCUACUCGAACCCCAAUGGGGCGGGCACAAAUUCGGUAAAUGUGGUGAGCAGUGGGAAUGGGGGCACCUCCGGAGCACCACCAUCGCCCACCACGCCCAAGGAGACGCUCCAGGUGAGCACGAUAGCCACCGGUCGGGUGGGUCUCAACGUGCCCGUGCCGCCGUCCAUGGGCAGCAACAACUCCAUCAAUGUGCUGAACAACAACAACGGCAGCGUGGCCAUGGACGGCGGAGCUCCGUCCGCCGGCAGUGGGGGGAAUGGCAGUGCGACGACAGGUGGUGGUGGUGGUGGUGGCUUGCAAACCCCUGGGAACGAGCUGCGCGUCUCGCCGAUCGCCGGACGGUGUCGAGCCCUCUCAGUGGGCGUGGACACGGACAUGGUGAGUGAAUUCGAUCCAUCCAGCAGCGAUUCCGGGGUGGUCAGUCGCUGUGCCGUGGUCAAGCCGCUCAAGUUUCGCCUUUGCCAGCCGAUCUUCGGGCGCAAGUCUAGUAAUCAGCAGCGUCGCAACGAGGCCAAGACGGCGGCCAAAAACCAACAUGCCACGGCGACGACGGCCAACAAGAAUCAGCAGCAGCAACAGCAGCAGCAGCUUCAGCAGGUGGUGAAGGCGGAACUGGAGCCGGCCAUACCGAAGACCCCUAAGCCGCGGGAUCCGGAGAAGGAGAAGCGCAGGAUUGCGCGGAAAAAGGAGAAGCGGGCCACCCUAAUCCUGGGCCUGAUCAUGGGCAGCUUCAUCGCCUGCUGGCUGCCGUUCUUCUUCCUGUACAUCCUGGUGCCGGCAUGUAGCAGCCAUUGCAACAUCCCGGAGUCGGCCUUCGCCGUCGCCUUCUGGCUGGGCUACAUGAACUCGGCCCUCAAUCCGGCCAUCUACACCAUCUUCAACAAGGACUUCCGACGCGCCUUCCGGCGCAUCCUGUUCAAGUGAUGUUUGGCCUAUGUGUGCUGUUACAGGUGCGUUUACGCCAGCAUCGAGAAGGCAACCGAACGUGCCAUGGGCAGCACACCCAUGGGCUAUGGUCAUGGCAUGUAUCAGCACUACAGGCGUUAGAUUUGCUUCGUUUUGGUAAUGCCGUAAGUCCCACAAGUCCCAGUCCCCCAAUCCCAUGCCAUACCCUUUCCCGGAGCUGCAAAGCUAUCGAUAUAUUGCGAGGUUCUAGCUUGAAAUCGUUAUUUUAACAUUUCUUUUGGAAAUAUAUUCUAAAAAUCAAAAAGGUUUUAGUCCUUGGGCUAUUUUUUAUCGAUAUUAAUUAAUAUUUUUCAUUCGUAAGGUUCUGGGUUUUAUAACUUGUCAUGUUUUUUAUCGAUAAAAUUGAUAAUAUUUCAGGUCCUAAAGUUCUGUCUUCUAGAGCCUUUCGUGCUUCGAUAAAAUAUUAAAACAAAACUGUUAAACACAAUUUUUAAACCCGUUCUAUUUAAACAAUUAAAACCAAAUACACAACUGUGUUUCUACAUUACUUUCUUCUUCAAAGAAAAUCGUCUGAACAAUCGAUAGUUUUGCCGCUCUGUCCUUUCCUAGUCGCUAACUCCGUCCCCACAUUUCUUUGAAUUUUUUUGUUUGAAUAAGAAAAGUAACGAACAUUGUAGCUCAUUUCAAAAGCAAUGAACGGCUGUGAAUUUGAUGGAAUCUCUCAAUUUCAAUUUACGCAUUUUGGUUUCGUUUCGUUUGGUUUCUCGAGCACCCUUGAACCCAGAGACCCCAAUCCCGGUGGCACCAGAAGCCCCAGAGCCCGCAGAACCCCCAGAAUCCCCAGAACACCCGAACCCACCGCAGCCCACACACUUUUCACACUCGACGAGCUCAUAGAAAUGCAUGAGCUGUGCAAACAAGAAUUUGUGCUGGGCAAACAUCUAUUAUGCUCCCUGAAUGGCUGUGUCCGCCUGCGACGUCUAUGGCCAUUCAACUUGAAGUAAUUUCGCAAAUUUCCAUUUGCGGCUGCUGCAUUGCCAAUGCCGAGCAUUAGUGCAGUCUGCAAAUGUGUCAAGAGUCAGGUAGCCCUGCAUCCCCAAGGGCCCCAAAGACUCUAGACUCUACCAAUUGUUGUGCAUUCUCUGCAAUCAAAAUCGGGGUCAACAAGUGAGCGUUGCCGUCGAAUGUUGGCGGCAAAUUAUUUUAAUUCGUUUUUAAUAUUUUGGCAACCGCUUAUCCAGUACUUCGAUUCGAAAAUCUAAGAGCCAGGGCGCCUGCAUUUGCGAGGCUGCACUUGGCAGGGGUCCAAAUCAAUAAUUCCAUGUGCACACAAAUGUAACUAUAAUCCAGCACAACGGCCGCACAAUUUGGUGUAACAAAGUGAGCACACAGCUGAAACAGAAAAAGCGACAGAUUCCACAAGGCAGCCGCAGUUUUAUUCAUUCACUCAAAGAUAUUUCACUCAGCGACACAGAAAGUGAGAGCCGAAAAAGCAGAAAAAUACACGAAAUGUAUGGGAACCAAUGCCUAAUGGGCACAGACAGAUGCAAAUGCAAAUGGUUGGCUUCUGCACUAAAAAAAAUCUAGGUUUCGGUGGCAGUUUAUUAAUAGUAAAAUGGGUUUAAGGUCGGAUCUAAUUUAUAAACAUUUUCAAAACGAUUUUAAUGCAGGAUAUUGAACAUUUUAAUUAAAAUUUAUUUAUUUAAGUAAUUUGUAAAAUUGCUUCGUAUUGAUUUUACAAAUGUAAAUAAUAAUUUUGUUGUUUAGAUACUGUUGCCUAGUUAGUUACUUAUAAAAAAAAUAAU